AUGAGUUGGACCUGCCCACGUUGCCAGCAACCCGUUUUCUUCGCGGAGAAGGUGAGCUCCCUGGGCAAGAACUGGCACCGCUUCUGCCUGAAAUGUGAGCACUGCCACAGUGUCCUGUCCCCAGGAGGGCAUGCAGAGCACAAUGGGAGGCCGUAUUGCCACAAGCCAUGCUAUGGGGUUCUCUUCGGACCCAGGGGGGUGAACAUUGGUGGUGUGGGCUCCUACCUCUACAACUCCCCCAUUCCCACCCGUGCCAACACCACUCCCCUCAACCCCAGCAGUUUCAGCCCCCCAAGACCCAGGACUGGUCUCCCCCAGCGCAAGAAAAGCCCUUCCCACAUGAAGACAUUCACUGGGGAGACCUCGCUGUGCCCUGGCUGUGAGGAGCCUGUCUAUUUUGCUGAGAAGGUGAUGUCUUUGGGCAGAAAUUGGCACCGACCCUGUCUGAGGUGCCAGCGCUGCCGGAAGACCCUGACUGCUGGGAGUCAUGCUGAGCAUGACGGCGUCCCCUACUGUCACAUCCCCUGCUACGGCUACCUGUUUGGCCCCAAAGGUGUGAACAUUGGUGAUGUGGGCUGCUACAUCUAUGACCCCGUGGAGAUAAAAUCCAAAUGAGAUGCUUACAGAAGUCGCCCUAACUCAGGCCUCCCAUCAUCCCCUCCAUGAUCCAAUGGGAGCUACAGAAUUCUUCAAUCCCUCGGAGGUAGGGGAAGAUGGGAUUCUGGCAGCGUGGGCCUCAGCUCCAUAGUAGACCAGAAAGUCUAGACUUUCUCUGCCAACUCCUCCCUUUCCCAUUCCUAUCUGCUCAGGGGAACUGAUCCACCCCAUUUUGAAUGUUGGCCUCUUGGCCUUCCCAAUUCCUUUCCCCAGCAAAUUCCAUAACUUCAAGGUACUCAUAAAACUUGUGUUUAUUUAGGCUUCUCCAAUAAA